AUGAGGAGAAUGAUGGAGUCUGUAUUGCAGGCAAUGCAGCAACAUAAUGUUGCGUUGGUGCAGCAAAAUACUGUAGCUUUGCAGCAGUUGAAAGAUGCUAGAGUGUCAGCUGAGGCAUCUCAAAGGCAGUGUAUGGAAUUGAUGGCUGGUCGUCGGGCUACAGCAAGUUCUUCUUCAUCAACUAUUCCAGCUAAAGAGUGGAGCUUGGAAAGUUUCUUGCAACACCGUCCAGCUAAGUUUACUGGUAGGUGUACCCCUGAUGAAGCUGAUCAUUGGUACAAGGAUAUGGAGAGAUUAUAUCAAGCAAAGAGAUUUCCAUAUGAGAACAAAUUAGCUUUCACAAAAUAUUUGUUAUCUGGAGAAGCUAGCCACUGGUGGUGCAGCACAAGGUUAUUGUUGGAGAGUAUUGGCACUCACAUAUCAUGGGAUGUAUUCAAGAUUAAAUUCUAUGAAGAAUAUUUUCCAGACAGUGUGCGGUUUGCCAAAGAAUUAGAGUUCCUUCAGCUGGUGCAAGGGAGCAUGACAGUUUUAGAAUAUGCAGAUAAAUUCAAGCACUUGUUACAUUUUCACACUUUGGCUAUGAAUGAAGAGGGACAAUGUAGGAAAUUUGAGAACGGGUUGAGAGGGGAUAUAAAAUUGAUGGUGGCUGGGUUGUGUAUUAAGCAAUUUCAUGUGUUGGUAGAAAGAGCUAAGGUCAUGGAGAAGAGUAAGAGGGAGGUUGACGGUCAACAAAGCCAGACACCGAGGGUUGGUGGACCUAUGGUAUCUAAGGGCAGCUCGGGUUCUAGAAGCACUCCUUAUGUUCGGCCUACUUCUUCAAUAUCCAAGAGUUCUUCAUCCCUUUCAUCUGUUCUGAGUGGUUAUUCAGGACAGCCAGGGCCGAUAACUUGUUAUAAUUGUGGAGGACCUCAUUUGAAGUCGGUUUGCCCUCAAUUGACUGAGUAUAGGAAGUGUAAUCGGUGUGGAAGAGAAGGUCACUACGAGAGAGAUUGUCGUUUGGGCAGAAGAGCUGGUGGUUAA